CUCAUUGUCUCUCGGGCCGCCAGGCGCGGGCGCGGGCAGUACGCGGUCGGGCAGCUGCAGCCCGGCUUCCGCGGCCCCGUCCCGGCGCGCGCCGUCGCUGCCAGCCCUCCGCCGGCCGCGGGCGGGAGGAUGCGCGCCUCCCGGGCGCCAAGUUCCUCACGUGCCGGGGGGCUCCUCGCUUUUUGUUCUCCGGCAGCCUGACGGCGCUGACGUGCCCCGAGUAAACCGCGGCGGCGGCGGGCGGCGCGCCGCGGUGCGCCGGGUCCCGAGCCCGGCUCCUUGUGUUCCCGGCGGGAGGCGAUGGACUGAGCGCGCCGCGCCAUGGAGCCCGGCGUGGUGCUGCGCGCGCUCUGCGUGCUGCUCGGGCUCCGAGCAGCGGUCUGGGGGCUCGGCGUGGACCCCUCCCUGCAGAUCGACGUCCUGGCCGAGUUGGAGCUCGGGGAGUCCACGGCCGGGGUGCGCCAGGUCCCGGGGCUGCACAACGGGACGAGAGCCUUUCUCUUCCAAGAUACUCCCAGAAGUAUAAAAGCAUCCACUGCUACGGCUGAACGGCUUUUUCAGAAGCUGAGAAGCAAACAUGAGUUCACUGUCUUGGUGACCCUGAAGCAGGCGCCCUUGAACUCCGGGGUCAUUCUCUCCCUGCACCACUUGGAUCACAGGUACCUGGAGCUGGAGAGCAGCGGCCACCGGAACGAGGUCCGGCUGCACUACCGCUCGGGCCGCCGGCACCCGCACACGGAGGUGUUCCCGUACAUCCUGGCGGAUGGCAGGUGGCACAAGCUCUCCUUAGCCGUCAGCGCCUCCCAUCUGAUUCUGCACGUCGACUGCAAUAAGGUAUAUGAAAGAGUGGUAGAAAAGCCCUCCACAGACCUGCCUGUAGGCACGACAUUUUGGCUCGGGCAGAGAAAUAGCGCACAUGGCUAUUUUAAGGGUGUAAUGCAAGAUGUGCAAUUACUUGUCAUGCCUCAAGGAUUCAUCGCUCAGUGCCCAGACCUCAAUCGCACCUGUCCAACGUGCAAUGACUUCCAUGGACUUGUGCAAAAAAUCAUGGAGCUGCAGGACAUUUUAGCCAAAACAUCUGCCAAGCUGUCCCGGGCCGAACAGCGGAUGAACAGACUGGAUCAGUGCUACUGUGAAAGGACCUGCACCAGGAAGGGGGCCACCUACCGAGAGUUCGAGUCCUGGACAGACGGCUGCAAGAACUGCACGUGUGUGAAUGGGACCAUCCAGUGCGACCCUCUGGUCUGCCCGAUGCCCGCGUGUCCCCCGAGGUCGGCCCUUGCCUACGUGCAUGGCCAGUGCUGUAAAGAAUGCAAACCAAUAUGCCAGUUUCAAGGACGAACCUACUUUGAAGGAGAGAGAAAUACCGUCUAUUCCUCUUCUGGAGCUUGUGUUCUUUAUGAGUGCAAGGACCAAAGCAUGAAGCUGGCUGAGAGUCCAGGCUGCCCCGUCUUGGAUUGCGCAGAGUCUCAUCAGAUUACCCUGUCCCACAGCUGUUGCAAAGUUUGUAAAGGUUAUGACUUUUGUUCUGAAAGGCAUAACUGCAUGGAGAAUUCUGUCUGCAGAAAUCUGAAUGACAGGGCCGUUUGUAGCUGUCGAGAUGGUUUCAGGGCACUCCGAGAGGACAAUGCGUACUGUGAAGACAUCGACGAGUGCGCUGAAGGGCGCCAUUACUGCCGCGAGAACACGAUGUGCGUCAACACCCCGGGGUCCUUCAUGUGCGUCUGCAAAACCGGGUACAUCAGGAUCGACGACUAUUCGUGUACAGAACAUGAUGAGUGUGUCACAGACCAGCAUAGCUGUGAUGAGAAUGCUCUGUGCUUCAAUACCGUUGGAGGGCACAACUGUGUGUGCAAGCCAGGCUACACAGGGAACGGAACUGCGUGCAAAGCGUUUUGCAAAGAUGGCUGUAGGAACGGAGGCGCUUGUAUUGCAGCUAAUGUGUGUGCCUGCCCGCAAGGCUUCACCGGGCCCAGCUGUGAGACAGACAUCGACGAGUGCUCCGAGGGCUUCAUCCAGUGUGACAGCCGUGCCAGCUGCGUCAACCUGCCCGGCUGGUACCACUGCGAGUGCAGAGACGGCUACCACGACAGCGGGCUGUUUGCGCCCAGCGGCGAGUCCUGCGAAGAUAUCGACGAGUGCGGGACGGGCAGGCACAGCUGUGCCAAUGACACCGUUUGCUUUAACCUGGAUGGUGGAUACGACUGCCGGUGCCCUCACGGGAAGAACUGCACGGGGGACUGCCUCCAUGGUGGGAAAAUCAAGCACAGCGGUCAGAUCUGGGUGCUGGAGAAUGACCGGUGCUCUGUGUGCUCGUGUCAGAACGGGUUUGUAAUGUGCCGACGGAUGGUAUGUGACUGUGAGAAUCCCACGGUUGAUCUUUUCUGCUGCCCUGAAUGUGACCCAAGGCUGAGCAGUCAGUGCCUCCAUCAAAAUGGGGAGACCUUGUACAACAGCGGAGACACCUGGGUCCAGGACUGCCGGCAGUGCCGCUGCCUGCAGGGGGAGGCCGACUGCGGGCCCCUGCCCUGUCCGGAGGCCGAGUGUGAGUUCAGCGUCCUGCCAGACGGCCAGUGCUGCCGGCGCUGCGUGGCCGACCCGUGCCAGGCCGACGCCAUCCGCAACGACAUCACCAAGACCUGCCUGGACGAGAUGAAUGUGGUCCGCUUCACCGGGGCCUCGUGGAUCAAGCACGGCACCGAGUGCACCCUCUGCCAGUGCAAGAACGGCCACAUCUGCUGCUCGGUGGACCCACAGUGCCUUCAGGAACUGUGAAGUUAACUGUCUCCUGGGAGAUUUCUGUUUAAAGAAUGCUCUUUCAUUAAAAAGACCAAAAAGAAAAAAAGAAACCUUUAAACGAAGUGGAUGACUUGUGGGCAGCUAAGGGCAGCUUUGUUAAUAGCUGAGUGAACUUUUAGUUAUGAAAUCCGUGAAGCUUGAGAAGAUCACAGAAGGAAAAUUCUUGGGACAAAUGAGACCAGAAUUCUGCGCCUACUAUGUGUGACAUCACCGUGUAGAAGAACAGGUGUGGAACACGUACCAUGACACCACGACCACUGGUUAUAAAGCCUGAGCUUUGAAAGUCCCUAGCAUCACUGGUGCAGAGAACCUUCCUCUAGACCAGAAUCCUCACAAAUCAGCUAGGUUCCUCACUGCAAAAAAUGAAAUGUAAGGCAGUGAAUGAAUUAUAUUUUCAGAAGCAAAGCAAAGAAACUAUAACAUGUUAUAUACAAUAUACACUCUGAAAAGAAAUCUGAAACAAGUUAUUGUAAUGAUAAAAAUAAUGCACAGGCAUGGUUACUUAAUAUUUUCUAACAGGAAAGGUCAUCCCUAUUUCCUUGUUUUACUGCACUUGAUAUUAUUUGGUUGGAUUUGUUCAGUAUAAGCUCGUUCUUGUGCAAAAUUAAAUAAAUAUUUCUCUUACCUUAUAA